UACUGUAUAAAAUAAAUAACAUGUCACCUAUUUCUUUAUUUUUUAUUUACAAAAAAUAAUCUGAUGAAUUGAUAACAACAGUUGAUUACAAUACUUUUACACAAUAUGGCUAUUUGCAGAUAAAUGAAUCUUAUAUUGGUGACUUUGGUCUUGAUUUGGCCUCUUCUUGUUUUAUCAGAAGAACAAAAAGAUUGUGUAUUACUGAAAUUACACGAAAGACAUAAGCGACAACUUAAAGAAAUAGGCAAGAUCAUAAUGAGAACUCCAAAUUGUUUUGCUGCAGUUUCUCAAGAAUUACAAGUCAGGCUUCCAGCCUAUUAUAGGCAAUUUGCAGCUUUGAUAGUCUAUUUGGGUGGCCAUACUUAUGGAGAUGCAGCAAGGGAAAAGGCAGCAAGGGAUAAGACUACACAAGGUCCACCAAAAAUAGGUUGAAAAAGCACUAUUAUCUUCAUCAUUACAUUAUUCUAAUUUGCAUUUGAUUUAAAAUCAUGUUACAGUAAACAAAACAUUAUUUAUAAAAAGAUUUAUUCAGAUUGUAUACAAAUGUUGAUAAUUAGCAUGACUAAUAUAGUUGAAAUUCAAUAAAUAAAAAAAGGAUUUAUUAGCUUAUAAGCUACUGCCCAGCAUAACUAGCCUUUUGGCUUCUGAUAAGUU